AUGGCUAAAAGAACAAAGAAAGUUGGUAUUGUUGGAAAAUAUGGUACACGUUAUGGAGCAUCAUUAAGAAAGAUGGUUAAAAAAAUGGAAGUUACCCAACAUUCAAAAUAUACGUGUUCAUUCUGUGGUAAAGAUAAUAUGAAACGUAAAUGUGUUGGAAUAUGGAAAUGUCGAAGUUGUCUAAAAACGGUUGCUGGUGGUGCAUAUGUUUAUUCAACAUCAACAGCCGCUGCUGUACGUUCGGCUGUUCGACGUUUAAGAGAAAUGCGUGAACAAUAA